AUGGCCGUCAACGCAGCCUGGAGGGUCGCCCGAGCUCGCGCGCUUCCGCCGUCUCUGCGCCUUCAGUGCGCCUCAUCCACUUCUCCCUUCUCGAUGCUCUAUCGGCGGUCGACUUAUUCCCCCGAGAAUGCGCCCAAGGUGGCUGAGACAGUGGCGAAAGAGGCGCCUAAGAAGGCCGGUCGCUGGCUCAAGAGGACGGUGAUUGGGACAACCUUGACGUUGGGUGCGCUCGUCGGUUAUGUGUAUGCCACGGAUACUCGCGCCAGUGUGCAUCGGUAUGGUGUGGUUCCGUUGGUCAGGAUGUUGUUCCCCGACGCGGAGGAUGCGCACCAUUUCGGCGUGGAUAUUCUCAAGACGCUCUACGAGUAUGGUCUCAAUCCUAGAGAGCGUGGCGAUCCGGACGGAGAUGGGUCUUUGAUGACUGAGGUGUUCGGCUAUACUUUGUCCAAUCCCAUCGGUAUCUCUGGUGGACUGGAUAAGCACGCUGAUAUCCCGGAUCCGCUGUUUGACAUUGGACCUGCAGUUGUCGAAGUCGGUGGAACAACCCCCCUGCCGCAGGACGGCAAUCCCCGUCCUCGUGUCUUCCGUGUUGUCUCCCAGAACGCCAUGAUCAACCGCUACGGUCUCAACUCCAAGGGCGCUGAUCACAUGGCUGCGGUACUCGAACAACGUGUGCGGGAUUUUGCCUACGCUAAUGGUUUUGGGGAGCAUGACUUGGCCGAGCAGCGUGUUCUCAAUGGUGAGGCUGGUGUGCCGCCCGGCAGUUUGCGGCCCGGCAAACUGCUUGCUGUGCAGGUAGCCAAAAACAAGGUCACUCCAGAUAACGAUAUUGAGGCCAUCAAGCGUGACUACGUGUACUGCGUUGACCGUGUCGCCAAGUACGCUGACAUUCUGGUGGUGAAUGUCUCGAGUCCUAACACUCCUGGUCUGCGUGACCUUCAAGCAACCGCUCCUUUGACGGCCAUCCUGAAGGCUGUUGUCGGAGCUGCAAAGAGCAUCGACCGCACCACCAAGCCCUAUGUCAUGGUCAAGGUCAGUCCCGACGAGGAUGCAGACGAGCAGGUCUCUGGCAUCUGUGAGGCUGUCUGGAGGUCGGGUGUGGACGGUGUGAUUGUCGGUAACACCACCAAUCGUCGUCCCGAGGCUCUUCCGAAGGGCUUCACCCUUCCACCUACUGAGCAGGAUACCUUGAAGGAAACGGGAGGUUACUCCGGCCCUCAGCUGUUUGACCGUACUGUGUCCCUAGUUGCUCGUUAUCGGGCAAUGCUCGAUGCCACUCCCAACACUCCCGAGCUGAUGGGAGCCGCUGCGGAAGCCACCACGACUGUGACAGGUGUUGAGCCUGACACAGAGAAUGUCCCGCUAGUGGAGCCUCCCAAGCCCUCGGAAAUUCUGCCCCGGAAGGUCAUUUUCGCAUCUGGCGGUGUCACCAAUGGCCAGCAGGCGCAGGCAGUUCUAGACGCCGGAGCCUCGGUCGCAAUGAUGUACACGGCAAUCACUUACGGCGGCAUGGGAACGGUCACGCGCGUGAAGCAGCAGAUGCGCGAGAGAAAGAAGCAGCAGUAA